UGUUCAGUUGCAGAAGAGGAACUUGGGAACAUGAGUGAGGGUGAUGGGCCCUGGGACUCCUGAUAAUAUGAACUGGGCUGGACUGCUGCAGAAUCUCCUGGUUCUGGCCCAUCUCAGUCAGAUCAUGUGUGGUUCCAUGCGGUUUUCUGUCUCGGAGGAACAGGAACCUGGAACUCCGGUUGGAUCACUUAGUAAAGACUUUCCACCCCCGUACCAGCUCCUAACACAGGAGUAUCUGUGGAUGGACAAAAACACAGGGAAUUUCUACACUACUGAGCAAAAGAUGGAUCGUGAGGCUCUGUGCCCUGAGGAGACAAAAGCUGAGGAAUGCAUUAUUCUACACAAUGCCAUUGUGGGGCCCUCAGGAGACCUUAUACAGUUUCCUGUGAUCAUAGAGGACAUCAAUGACAAUAUGCCUCAUUUUGAAAACACUGAAAUACACCUCAAGGUGUCUGAGGAUGUUACUGUGGGGACAACUUUCUUAUUAGAUGACCUGGCUCAGGAUAGAGAUACUGGUCAGAAUGGAGAGCUGAAGUACCACCUUCAAGGUUCUGAUGGCAUUUUCAGUUUAAUAGUUGAAGCUGAGGCUUCUAUGAUGCUGGUUGUGCAAACAUCUCUGGACAGAGAAACUCAGGACCAGUAUCAGAUGGCGUUGGUGGCCACCGACUGUGGCUCACCCUCUUUAAGUGCAACAGCGACCUUAAUAGUCACAGUGACAGAUGUUAAUGACAACUGUCCAAGCUUUAGCUCCGAGAGCCCCCACACUGUCAACAUCCCCGGAGACUCGCGGAAGAACACAGUGGUUGCUCAAGUCAUCGCCACAGACCCAGAUUCAGGUCCAAACGCUGCCAUCAUUUACUCCCUCAGUCCCAAAGUCUCUGAGCAGGCCAAGAAGCUCUUUAGCCUCGACAGCCUCAGUGGGUACAUCAGACUAACACAGGACCUUCACAGUGACAUCUUCGAGGAACUGGUGUUAAAAGUGUUAGCUAGCAGCCGUCACUGCCCCCCAGCAGACACUCAGGUAACAGUAUCUGUGCUCCCCAAGGCAAACCAAGAGCCGACAAUAAAGAUCGGGUUCAUAGCAGAGCAUCAAAACCAGACUAUGGUGUUACAAGAGAACCAGCCCCCCACUGUCUUGGCUGUUUUAGAGCUGGAAGGUGACAGGAGCUUUAAAGGCUCCUCUCUUGCCAUUGAGGGUGAAGUACCUUUCACUUUGAACCUACAGAAUGGCAAAUAUCUGCUUUCAACAUCAAAGCCCCUAGACUAUGAGAUGAGAAGUGAACAUCAUAUUUCUGUGGUAGCGCAGAGACGAUCAGCUGAAGGAUCUGUGAUCGUUGCCUCCAGCCGUGUGAUCAAGGUGCUGGUGGCAGAUGUCAAUGAUAACUCCCCAUUCUUCUUGCAGUCACACUACCAGCUGGAGGUGGAGGAAAACAACCAGCCUGGUCUGUCACUGCUGCAGGUCUCUGCUUCAGAUGCAGACAGUGGAUCCAAUGGCAGGGUGACCUAUAGACUGGACAAGCACAUACCCACCAUUUUCAACAUUGACAAUGCCACAGGUCAGCUGUUUGUGUCUGUUUCUCUGGAUAGGGAGCAGCAGGAUUUAUAUGAUUUCAGUGUUUUUGCACAAGACGGUGGCUCUCCUCACCUGGAGACAGAGGCUACAAUAACCAUUCGUGUGCUGGACCAGAAUGAUAAUGCACCUGCUUUUCUAACGCCUCAUUUUAUCUUUUUCAUCCCUGAGAACGUACCAGUGUUCGCUCAGGUGGGUAGAGUACGUGUGACCGACCCAGAUGAAGGGGAGAAUGGGAACACAGAGUUACAUGUUGCAAACAGCAGUGGACCUUUUGUUGUGGAUAACUCCCAGGGAACACUGCGUACUACCACCAACUUGGACAGAGAGUCAGAGGACCGGUAUGAACUCUACAUACUGGCCCGUGAUCAUGGCUACCCAUUCACUUUGACAUCCACUGCCAGGGUAACUAUCUUUGUUGAGGACAUCAACGACAACAGGCCAAAAGUAAUCCUUCCAAACAGCAACCUCUCGUGUCUGACCGUCUCACCAGAAACAAUGGCAGGUACAAUGGUAACAAAGAUCUAUGCCAUUGAUGAGGACUCGGGGCUAAAUUCAGAGCUAACAUACACAGUUAUGCAUCACAGAAGCCCCUUCAAGGUGGACUCCAGGUCAGGAAACAUCACCGUGGCUCAGCGUCUUCUAGGGAAGGACCUGGGAAUGCACCACCUGUUUAUUGUGGUCAGUGAUGGAGGGAAGCCAUCUCCACUUCAGACUUCAGUUUGGGUUAAUCUACUGGUCAAUAAGAGUAUGGAUCCGUGCUACUUGGACAGCACGCCCACCUGGACAGGACAACCUGAACUGAUAACUCAAGCAUUUCCCGAGGCCUCUGUGUGUGACCUAGAUAACGGGUUGACCAGAUCUGCUCAGAUGACCCUGUUAAUAGGCAUGGCUAUGAUGCUGACAUCCAUCUGUCUGCUUGUAGUGGCAGUAGUUUUAUACCUGAAACAGAGCCGAAGAUGUUCAGAAAGGAAAAAGAAGGUACACACUGAGGAGAAUGAAAUUCCACUCAGGCUCAAAGACAAAUAUUACUCUGAUGACUAACAGAAUAAAGCCAGCAGUGUGUGUAAUCCUCAUUUGUACAGUGCCAAGGAUGAAAUCGGUGAAUUUAUUACAUUUUCCGUAUUUGUCAAGGGUUUGUUGCAUUUUAAUGAUCAAAUUCUUGAAAUAUCUUGAUCCACUGUUUACCCAGUGAUUUCUCAACAGCAGAAGUCCAGCACUUCUGUGGAAAUUUGGAAUGCGGAAAAGUAAACGCAUUUUAUCAAAGAUAACAGAAAAAAUAUGAAGUGGUUUGCAAAGUAUUUAGUGUUAUUAUGCUUCAUAUCAUGAACUAUAAUACUUUAAUAUACAGUUUAAAACAUGCCCAGCAGGGCACCGCUAAACACUGGAAUUACAGCCAUUACCUUUAGUGAUAAUUCUCUUUGCCCCCUGCAGUCGGAAGAAUCCUGAGGUAAUGGUCUGCUAAGUUGAUUGGGCCUUUCUCAGAUUUCCAACUCUUGAGUGAUGGGGAGUCUAAAGUAUUUAGACUCACAAAAGGGUUUAAUGUUCCUCUGGUGGGGAGGUGCUGAAAGUCUUUCAAGAUGCAGCUCUGAGACAACCACAGGAGGCAGAGAGCAGCUGUGGACAUGUGAGAGGCAGCAGAGGGAACGCACAACUCCAUCUCAAGUCACCAUCUCAUACCUGUUACCUGAUAGUGCUGCUUCUCACCCACAGUGUUGGAUCGCACCCAAAAGGAAAUAAAAAAACAAAAAGAAAACCUACUGUACUGUGCCCAGUAACCCAACAUGCUUGUUGUUUUGAUGACAGAUGUUUGGAGUGAAAUCACACUGUGCUCAAAGAAAUCUUUACAAAAGGCAGAUGCUCUCUUGUGUUGCAGAUAUAUUUAUGCAGGGAAACAAUUGAGUUAUCAAACCUGGUUAAGUGAUGCAUAAAGUAUGAAAGGAGUCCUGUGUUUACAAAUCUGUGAACUCACAUUUACAUACAGAGGGCAGACUAAUUGUUGUAGCAUUACAAUAGAAAACCUUUUUUUUUUUUUUUGCAACAGUACAACUGGGCUUGUCCUCGAUGAUACACUUGUCUUAAAGAAAAGGAGGGAAAAGCCACAAGUCAGGGCCUGUAAAACACUGUGUACAACUCAGUUUGUGGAGAACAAGGCUUGUAUAACAUGAAUAGUGUCUCUCUUAGGAUUUCUGUGCUAGCAGCUGGAAAAUAAUCCAAUAAUGUGUGUAACUCUGAGAAUAACUACAGCAAAUAAAACUAAAUAAAUC